AAAAAAAUCAUUCAAGAACUGUGUAAAGCCACUACUCUCUCAGCUGUCUUCGAGCAAACAAUUUCGCCACCAAACCAACCAGCCCCUACUUACUAUAUAAACCCUUCCUCUUUUGCUAAUCACAUUCUAAUCUUACUUAAACCCACUUCAAAUCUUCACUAAUCAAAGGCGAUCCACCGACCUUCUAAAUUCCAAAUGGCUUCCUCCUCCCAACAAUCUCAGCCCUUCGACGGCCACUUCACGGUGCUGGACGACACCCAGUUUCAUAUCCGAGGCCGCACGCUCUUCUUCGUCAUCGUCCUCUUCACCGUCGUCCUCCUCGUCACCGUCCUCUUGCUCUACGCGCGCUGGGUAUGCCACUACUACCCCAACACCUCCUCCUCAUCCAACGCGCCGCCCAACGCGCCGCCGCAGAGUCAGCCCAAGGGACUCGACCCCGCCGCCAUCCGAACCUUGCCAAUCGUCCUGUACCAGCAAUCGGAUCGGGACUUGGAGGCUGGCGGCGGCGGAGAGUGUUGCAUAUGCCUCGGGGUUUUCGGAGAUGGCGAGAAGGUUAAGGUUCUGCCGAAUUGCAGCCAUUGCUACCACUCUGAGUGCGUGGAUACGUGGCUCGCGACUCGGUCGAGUUGCCCGCUGUGUCGAGCUCAACUCCAAGCUCAGUCCACUACUUCCUGAUUUUGCUUGGGUUUUUCCUUUUUUGGAAAUAAUUUACUCUAUUUUUCCUUUCUAUUUGGAUGUAGAAUAAUUUAAUUCAUUGUUAUCCUAGAUCUUGUAAAUUAUUGUAAAGCAGAACUGUCCUUUGUAUUAUCGUCUUUAUUUGGAGAUAUUUUAGAGCUUUUUCUU